AUGGCGCCCGGCUGGCGGCUGUGUGGGUGCGCAAGGGGCGAGACACGCGCGGCGGCCCCGGAGGAGCACGGCCAGCCGCCUCCCCGCCGCCGCCGCCGCCGCCGCCGCCGCCGCCGCCAGCGCGGCUCCCGUCGCUGUCGCACCCGCACCCCCAGCUCCCUGCAGGCCCCGUCCAGCGUCGGCGCCCCUUGCCCUGCUCCCCACCCCGCCUUCUUCGCCCUCGCAGCCCCGCUUGCCGUCUGGGGCCUUUUCUCCCGGCGCGAUGCCCGCCUGGCAGACGAGAGAGAGGCAGCGCUCGUUGGGACUACUGAGCGCCGUCCGGGUCCGUGUGUGGGCCCCGGGUCCGGGCGGACUCCGAGUCGGGGCCGGGGGCUGCCGUGCGGGAGAGGGGGCCGAAGCGGGGCUGGGGUCGGGUGGGGCGUGGCCCGUGCCGAGCGCCUGUGCGGGGCAGGGCGUCGAGGGCAGGCAGGGGCAGGCGUGGGGAGGCAGCCGGAGAGGGGUCGGGCGCCCGGGUGGCCGGCCGCCGCCGUCCUCGUUAGUAUAGUGGUGAGUAUCCCCGCCUGUCACGCGGGAGACCGGGGUUCGAUUCCCCGACGGGGAGGCAAGACGCCCUUUUUGGUGGCCUGCGCAGCUCUGGGUCCCACCUCUUGCUCCCGAGGGGCAGGGGCGCUUCUUCUCGGCCGUCCGUCGUCCGGCCGGCGGCGCGUGCCCGGCCUGCCCACCGUCCACCGGCCCCAGCGCUUUGCGUGGCUCGAGGCCGGACGCUGGGUCGCCGCCGCGCAGCCGGGGCCUCGUGUGGUCCCCGCGGCAGCCACAGCGAGCUCCUCGGCGACGUGCCGCCCAGCCGCGCAGCCGCCGUGGGUGUCGCUCGGGUGGGAGGCAGAUGGGUCCGGUCCCGUCUGGAUGCGGGAGGUGGUGUGGCCUGGCGCCCGCCCCCUCUGCUCCUUCCGGCGCCGGGCUGGGCCGGGCCGGGCCGGGCCGCUAGCUGCGGGCCGCGGAGGACGCGGAAGACGCCGGGCCGGGGACGUGGCGGGGCUCCCCAGCCGGCCUCCGAGGGCCCGAGAGCGGCCAGGCGGCCAGAGCGCCCUCCAGAGGCGGGCGGCGGUGGGCGCCGGGAGCCGGGCGCCGGGCGCGGGGCGAAGGGCGGGCAGGUGGGCGUGCCGGGCGGGCGGGCGUGCCCGGCGACCGGCCGGCGCAGCUGAGUCGGAGGAGCGAGGCUGGGGCGCCGGGCGGCCGGAGCCCGUGGUGGCCGGAGCCCGUGGUGGCCGGGCAGAGCUGCGGCCGGGCGGGACGUCGGGGCAGGGCUGCGCCGGGCGGCGGCGGCGGCGGCAGCGGCGAGAGAGCGCCAAGGCGAGAAGGCGACGGAGCGCACCCUGGGCCGGCCGCGUCGGGCCGGCCCGGGCCGUGCAGCGUUGGUGGUAUAGUGGCCCGCCGGGCGCUGGCAGUGGGGGACGGCGUGCCGGCCCACUGGGCGCUGGGCGCUGGGCGCUGGGCACGUGGCCCCAGGCGGCGUGCGGGUGCGAGGGCGGCCGGCGCGCAGCGUUUUGCGGGUGCCGCCAGCGGGCCGGGUGGACUGCGUGGGGCCCGCGGGCGGCUGGACGUGCAGAGGCAGGGGCCUCGGGGCCCAAGCGGAGCCGCGUGGGUGGAAUGGAGGCGCUGGGUCCAGGGGGCGCAGGCCAGGCGCGCAGCCUGUCGCUCCCUGGUGGUCUAGUGGUUAGGAUUCGGCGCUCUCACCGCCGCGGCCCGGGUUCGAUUCCCGGUCAGGGAAGCCUUUCUUCUUCCUCUGGCCCUCCGGGGCCUCCCCUCCCGGCCGGCCGAGCCGAGCCACCCACCGUCCCGUCCCCAGUGCACCCGCACCACCCCCUUUUAGCCCACGCCAGCACGCCAGGCCAGAGCUGGCUAGCUCGUCGCGGGCGCCGCCGCCACGAUGGAGGGGUGCACACAAGGCCACCUGCCACGCCCCGACGGGCAGCCCCAGCCUCGCCCUGCCACCUCGGCGGGUCCGAGCCUUUUGGCCUGGCUGGCCCACCGGAGGCCCUUGGCAUCGCCUCUCCCCUCGCCCCCCCCCCCCCUCCCGCCCGCGCACGCGCUCGCCUGUCACCUUCGCUUCCACAGCCCGAGACGCGAGUGGCCGGGGCGGCCUCUGUCCCCGGCCGCGACCACCAGUGUGCCCGCUGUGGCGGUGCUGGGCGCGUGGUUCAGGUGAGCCACGCGCAGCCCCGAGUCCCGUCACCUGGCCGAGCCCCCCUCGGGCCUGCGACCUCUCGGGCGGCUUCCCUGCCCCACGCGGGGCGGGAGCGCCACGACCUGGCUGGCUGCGUCUCUCCCCGGGGACGGAGAGAGGACCCCAGGGGCACGCCGGUCUUGGGCGCCGAUGCGAGCGCAGAGUCCGACCGCCGUGCCCGGGAGGUGGAGGAGGGAAGAGGCAUCCGGGCACGAGCCUUUCCAGCAGGCCUCUGGGACGUUGCCCCUCGGGACGCCAGCUACAAGGACGUGGCUCAAGAGGAGGGCGUUCCCACGGUUCAGGCACAUCCUCCUUCCGGCGCGCCCCUCCCCCUCACCGGCCCCGCCCCUGCCCUCGCCCUCGCCCGUCAGAGAAAAGGGACUUGA